AGGUGAAACAUCUUGUUCCCAGCGUAGUCAUUCUACGUUGACUCACAGCCAAAAAUGGCGUCAUCUUGAUUAUAUCCAAACAUCUGUGCGAAGUAUUAGUCAUUAUACUGACCGUUUCUUGUCGCUACGCCUGAUUUCUGUCAACUUUUGUGCACAGAUAUUUCACAGCCAUGCCGUUGUCAGUGCCGCCAUCGCCGGGGCAACCGUCGGAGCGUGUCCGCGUGCUGUCGGAAAAGGCUGCCACGGUAUCGGUGGAGGACUCCAUCGCACCGAGGAUGUACUUCCGCUCGGGGGUGGAGAUGGUCAGGAUGGCCACAGUCUACCACGAGGAAGGAAAUCUGGAAGCAGCUUUUAUUCUCUAUAUGAAGUUCAUCACGUUAUUUGUGGAGAAGCUUCCCAAGCACCCCGAGUACAAGUCUGCAGCAGCCAAGGAGAAGCAGACCACCAAGCGGAAGCUGGAAAUGGUGUUUCCUGUGGCAGAAAAGUGCAAGAAGAAACUGACAGAGAAAUACACCACUGAUCUCAAGGAAUGGGAGAUUGAAAAGCUAAAAAUUGAGGAGCAGAUUGCAAUAGAGAGAGCGAAAGAAGCUGAGAGGCAGCGUCAAAUCGAGGAGGAUCGACGCAUGGCAGAAAGCCUAAUGGAGGAGGAGAAGGAAGAAAUACGGAAAGAGUCUCAGGAGGAACAGUACAGAAGACUGCAGGAACAAAAGAGGCUAGAGCAGGAGAGAGAAAAAGAAAGGACUUUGGAAGAGAAGGCAGUUCCUCCUGGUGUCCUCCCACUAGACGGGGUGGUUCCCUUCAGUAAGCCUCAGUCUUGGGACGACACGAAGGGCGGAGUCAUCACCACGACGAUCUUGGGACCAGAUACAGCAAAGUUGGGACCAGCCGCUGCAAACCUGGGCACCCUACCUGGACAGGUGAAUGGACAGGUGCAACCAGAACAGGUGCAACCUGUCGUUCCUUCAGCCCCGCCUCCAGCAUAUUCACCUCCAGGCGACCUGCCACCCCCUAAAUAUGUACCAACAGUGGACCGGUCCACAAAGCCAACCAGUCUCCAUGAUGUUCCCAGCAGUAACAAGUACGGCCUGAGACAAGUCGUUGUCCCUCAGGAGAUCAUGCUGAAGUUUUUGAACCUUGCCCAGCCGAACACGGCUCAGAACAUUGAGACUUGUGGUAUUCUGGCUGGAAAACUGAAACAGAACAGUUUCACCAUCACCCAUGUGCUGGUCCCCAAGCAGAGCGGUACUCCCGACUCCUGCACCACUCUGAGUGAGGAGGAACUAUUUGACUUCCAGGACAAACAUGAACUCAUCACACUUGGGUGGAUUCAUACUCAUCCGACUCAGACAGCCUUCUUGUCCAGUGUGGAUCUCCACACGCACUGCUCCUACCAGCUCAUGAUGCCAGAGGCCAUUGCAAUCGUGUGCUCCCCCAAGCACCAGCAGACGGGAAUUUUCAUGCUUACCCCAAACCAUGGCCUGAACUUCGUUGCCAGCUGCAGGCAGAAAGGAUUCCACCCCCAUCCAAAGGAGCCACCAUUGUUUGAGGACUGCUGUCAUGUGAAAAUGGUGACCACUGAAUCUGUUGUGAUGGUGGACUUAAGGAAAUAAACCCAGAAUCUGCCAUUUGCUAAUAUUGGGAAUAUAUAGAGUCAAAUGUACAUAAUCUACACCAGAGAAAUAGAGAGAUUGAUAAUUACUAUUACAACAUUCUAUUAUGACAGCAGAACUAUCUCUAAUAUCAGUAGGCCUAUUUAGUAGCUCUUGAAUGUAUAGCAAAACGUAACUAAAUUUAUGUAUGUUUUGCCACUUUGAUACAGGUGCAUGUGCAUGUAGUACAAUAUGCUUAUUAAAGGUAAUACUAUAUUGUA